UCUCUUCUUCAAUCUCUUAUUUCUCAACUGCCUAUUAUUCCUUUUCUUUGAUCUGUAUAUUUCUUCAAAGUUCAUUAAGAACUGAUAUGAAUUCUCAAUAAUUGCAUGGUAUCAGAGCCAAGACUCCAAUCAAGAGUCAUUAGUUAUGAUCUUCAUUCAUAAAGAUUCACUAAUUCCGCUAAAAGUGAAUUAUGCAAUUUUUUGGUUUUUCUGAGUCAAUUCAAGUUGCUUUCAAAUUCUAUCAAUACAUACUCAAAGCUCUCUUCUCAUUUCUUGAAGUACAUUGUUAACAAUGACGAACAACUCAAUCAAGAUUGAAAGAACCACUGAAAAUCUUGCUAACGUUGGAAAUACCCCAUCUCAACAACAACUAGAAGCCACAACUGGCACUGUACAAUCAGUGGAUAGGUAUCACCCUCUAUAUCUGCAUUCUAAUGAUGAUCUCUCAAGUGGGAAGGUGAAGGAGAUUGGUAAAGAAGAGGAAGAUCUCUACAUAUUAGUAUAUAAACAUCCAAAUGAAGUAAACUUGGCUGCUAAAGUCUGUGCUCAAGCAACAGUAUCACCUAGUACAACUGAUAUCAGUUUAUGGCAUCAAAGAUUUGGCCAUGUAUCACCUUAUGUUCUCAACAAGUUACUGCCUAAUAGAGUAAUCAUGCGCUAUAUCAAAUGUAGUUAAUAAAUGUGUUUUAUGUCCAUGUGCUAAGCAAGUCAGACUACCUUUCCCUACAAGUAGUAUUACAAGUACUAGUAGCUUUGAUAUUGUGCAUAUGGAUGUUUGGAGUCCUUAUAAGACUCCCACUAUUAAUGGACAAAAGUACU